CUCUGUAUGGUAGAAAAAAGCAAAAAAACAUAAAACAAUAGUAGAAAAAGAAUAAAUAAGGAAAAGAAAAAAAGCUUUUUCUCUCUCUUUUCCACUUAUCUCUCAUCUUCAAAAGAAGAAAGAUAAAUAUCUCUUCAUUAGGUUGCUCCUCUUUGCCUCACCAUUUCUGCACAACAUCCACUAUCACCAUCAUUUGCACCAUCUACCUCACUAGUACAAGGAGCUAUGGAUUUGAUCUCUCAAAACCCUAACACAACUCUCACGACACAACAUGCUUCUUCUCCACCUUCCCCUAGCCGAUACGAGAACCAAAAACGCCGCGAUUGGAACACUUUCUGUCAAUACCUAAGAAACCAUCGUCCACCGCUCUCUCCACCGUCUUGCAGCGGCGCACAUGUUCUCGAGUUUUUGCGUUACCUUGACCAGUUCGGGAAAACCAAAGUCCACCACCAAAACUGCGCCUUCUUUGGGCUCCCAAACCCCCCGGCUCCAUGUCCUUGUCCUCUCCGACAAGCGUGGGGCUCACUUGACGCUCUUAUCGGUCGUCUCCGUGCCGCCUACGAGGAGAACGGUGGAGACCCUGAGACUAGCCCUUUUGGCUCACGUUCAGUCAGGGUUUUCCUCCGGGAGGUUAGAGAUUUUCAGGCUAAAUCACGUGGCGUUAGCUACGAGAAGAAGAGGAAAAGGGUCAACAACAAACAAAUAACUCAAUCGCCUUCGCAGCCGCCUCUACCGCCGCAGCCCCAACAAAACCAGCAAGGUCAAUCUAUGAUGGCUAAUUACCAUCACGGUGCAACUUGAGGAUACCGUACAGCUUUGGUAGAUGUACGUAUGCUCGUAUCUAUCUAUUUAUAUCUACCAACCUUUGUAUUUGCGUAAUGAUAUAUCCCAACUUUACUCCAUCCACCGUCUUCCACUGUUUCUUGGACUAGUGUUUAGUCCUUUUUCUAAUAAAUGGAACCAAAUUGGAUUGUAUUGUAUUUCGUCUUGUUUUUUUUUUUGAAACACUUUUUUGAAACAAUUUGUAUUUGGUCUUGUAUCGUUUAAACUUAGCUUAUGAGUAUUUUCAUUAAAGACA